UGGUUGGAUGCUGUAAUUCGGAGGCAGAGAUCGCCGCCUCCUCGCCGCGAGGGAAGCAGCUGGGAGUUGGGGGAGAAAGGCUUUGGGUUUUGGGGAGGGCUGCGGCCAACAGGAUUUAUUGUCCUUUUUUCCCCUGAUUCUGUAUUUCUGUUGCCUUUCUCGACGUCUUCCCCGUUGUCGCUCCUCUCGUUUUCUUCCCACGACCAUGCCUUUCGAUUUCCCAUGGCUCAAGAACCCCGCCGCCACCUCGACUCCAAACCCUAAUCCUUCGAAACCCAGCAACCCCAACCCUUUCCUCGCCAUCCAAGCCCAUCUCACCUCCUUCCUCUCCUCUCUUCCCCUCCCACGGGCCCUCCCACCGCCAUGGGCUCGCAUCCCCUCCUCCUCCUCCUCGCCGGUGGCCCUGCCAGUUGCCGAGAUCGAGGACCGGCUCUCCGGGGUACCCGUUUACGCGCUCGCGAACUCCUCCCAGGAGUUUGUGCUCGUGUCGAAAACCCACGGAGGCGGGGCUGAGGGCGAGAGCAGUGGUGCGAGGCCGCCGCCGGCGCUCGGGGUGCUCUGCUUCCGGAGGGAGGACGCCGACGCUCUCCUGGCACAAAUGGACGGCACUAUGCGGGCCGGCUCAACCGUUGUUCCUGUUGCGCUCAACAAGGUUAUCCAACUUAAGUCUGAUGGUGUGGCGUUUAGGUUUCUUCCUGAUUUUACUCAAGUGGCUAAUGCAAUGAAGUUGAUGCAAGAUGAAGGGCAGUUAGUUAAUGAGGGCUUUCUAGGAGUUCCAGUUUUCCAGUCCAGGAGCCUUGUCCUGAUGAGUGAUAGCAAGAGAUGCCGUCCAGUUUUCUUUCGAAAGGAGGACUUGGAUAACUCACUGCACCGAGCAUCUCGUGACCAGCAAAAGCCUAACCCUGUUAGGAUCGGUGACACUCAGGUUUCUUCGUUGGAAGAUAUGAUCACAUCUAUGAAGGAUAGCUCCUCCUCGACAUGGGAUGAUGUCGUUUUUAUUCCUCCGGGAUUCGACCUCGCUACUGGCUCAAAGUAGAUCUUUCUGUAUAAUGAAGUUUACUAGCUGUUAUAAGUACUUGCACAUGGACUUAUGUUGGUAUUAAUUUGUAACCCACAUGUAAGAUUGUCGUUCCCUACUCUACAAAAAAUUAAUGUGUCGAUGAAUAUUAUGUCGGUUGCGUUCA